AUGACAGAGCAAGGACGCCUCGGUUCGACGCGGGUUGCCGAUGACGCUCGUUCAACUCAAUCCACCAUGGACAGCGGCCGGUCCACAACCACCUUCAUCACUGUCGCGGCCGUCACUGUCGCGGUCGGCUUCGCCGCGUAUGCUGUGUAUUUUGACUACAGGCGCAGGAACGACACCGAGUUCCGUCGGAAGCUGAAAAAGGAGAAGAAACGCGUCCAGAAGUCGGUGGCACAGAACAAAGAGAGCGAAAUCUCUGCAUCGACGAGUGGAAUCACUCCUGCCGCUCUUCGAGAGGCACUCCAGCAGGUCAAAAAUGAGGAGACUCCAAAGACACCCGAGGAGAAGGAGACAUACUUCAUGGCUCAGGUCGGACUCGGUGAACAGCUUGCUGCUCAAGGUCCCGCGUACUACCUUCCGGCUGCAAUGGCCUUCUACCGUGCCCUCCGGGUGUACCCUUCACCGGUCGAGCUCAUUGUAAUUUACCAGAAGACCAUCACCGAAUCCGUGUUCAAGUUGGUCAUGGAUAUGACGAACCUCGACGUCGCUAUCCGAAUUGAAGCAUACUACGAUUUCUUCCCCCCCAAACGAACCAAUGUCUCUGUUGUCAUGCGUGAGGCGACGGCAGGACAAGCUCCCCGGCACGUUCUGAUUGUCAACAAAGACUUCGCUGCCGGAGAAGUCGUCUACAAGGAAUUCCCUGUUGUCGCCGCUCUCGACUCUGAUCUCCAGUCCAAAGGAACAUAUUGUGGCCAAUGUCUCCGACCCAUCGAGCCAGAAAUGUCACUUUCAAUCAAAGACGCGAGCACCAGCUCGUUCUCUCAAACAUACUGCUCGAAGGCCUGCCUGCUCGUCGCCAAGAAAUCGCACAACGUUCUUUUCACCUUAGACUCACCACUGCCACCCGAGAUCCCCUCUCUACCGCCGAGGCCUGAACAGCUUGAGGCCCGCAAGGGGGCUCAAGCCAAGUUCGCUGCCUACCUCGAGAAGGAAGGUCGUUCCGUUCCCCUCCUCGUCGCCCGGUUCAUUGCCAGGCAAGUCGGGAUCGAGACGGAAAAAUUAGUUGAGGCGACAAAUCCCGGUGCGAAGGGGAUCACACCCGCUGAGCAAGACUUCACGGACUCGGACAACAUGGUCGAUGGGUAUAGUUUGACGGAUCACAUUGAGCGAUUCAGGUACCUCGAGGCGAAGCCGAACCCAGAGGAGAAGUCUCUUUUGGCGGAGGUCCUGAACCACGCCCUCCCUGGUCUGGAAGAAUUUGUCACGGAGGAGAAGCACACAGUCCUCGCUGGUAAGAUGUCGUACAACGUGUUCGGUGUCUGUUAUGGUGGAGGACGUGAUGACAAGCCCGAACCUACCGCUCGUCCAGAAGUCCUCGAGCGAACUCGUACACCCUACGGCACUCAGCGUCAAAUUGGCAGUGCCCUCUACACUGUCUCCUCCUACCUUGCACACUCUUGCGUGCCCUCUGCCCGCCCCUCAUUCAGCUCCGGCACCUCCGAGAUCUCCAUCAUCGCCAAUCGCGACCUGAAGAAGGGUGACGAAUUGACAAUCGCCUUCGUCGACGUCACACAGCACCCCGGAGAAGCCGUCGUGGAAGCUCGCAGGCGCCGGCGGUUUGAGAUCGCGAGAGGGUGGGGGUUUGCGUGCCAGUGCGAGCGGUGUGCGGAGGAGGCAAAGUCGAUGAGCAUGGAGGAGAAGGCAGCUGCAAGUCCUGACCAGGUGGACCAAAGCAAGUUGGAGAACGCGGUCAAGAAUUAUGGCAAGCCCCGAGCUCAGACGAACGAAGAGGUUGAGUAA